AGCCAUUUCGCGCCCGAGCGGCCUCCCCUGCGCCGGGGCCCCUGGGCGAUGUGGCGCGCCAACUUCGAAGUGGCGUUGCGCGCCCGAGCCGUAAAGAAGACAUGUUGAGGCCAGACCUCAAUCAAGAAGCAGCGCGGAGCCCGACGUCAUCAGCUGCAGCGCUGAGACCAGGCGAGCGCGCAGCCGCCAGGAAGCCCGCCCCCCUUCCGCCCCCCCCCCCUCCUUCCUCCCUCUCUUCAACCUCCUGGCAAACCAGAGCGUCAACAGUUGCGGCGCCGCGGUCAGAGCGCAGGCGAUCCGUCGAGAAGACGAAGGACGAGCCCGACGCAAGCAGCUACAACGCUGGGCUCAGGGUCGCAAGCGGGAGCCAGACCAUGCACCUCACUGCGAGAAGCGGGAUGGUGAAGGUCGAGCCCAACGCCGUCAGCUACAGCCCACUCCGCAUCCGACGCUGGAGGCCAAGCUGGUGGCCGUCGAAGGUCGAGCGCGAUACCGUCAGUCACAGUGCGGCGAUCAGGGCAUGCUACAUUGGGCGUCAGAUGCCACGCCUCACUGCGAGAGGCGGGAGGCGAAGCUGGAACCCAACAUUGGAGUCAGAGGCCAAUCUAGUCUAGCCCUAUACCACUAUUAUGCGAGAAAUGGAAGGCAAAGCUGGAACCCGCCUCUGAACCCGACGCCCAAGUGCGAGAAGCGGGAGGCGACGGUAGAGCCCGACGUGAUCAGCUACAGCGUUGGGGCCGAGGGAAAAGCGAGCACGAACGGAUGCGCCACGAUCAGCUACGACGCUGGGGGCAGUCCGUGCGAGAAGGGUGCGCGCAGUGGCAGCACACGCUGGCGCUGCAAAGCGUGCGGGUGGGCUAUGAUCAGCUACAGCGCUGGGAGCGACCCGUGCGAGAGAAGGGGGCAAGCAGUGGCAGCGGACGCUGGCGCUGCGAGAAAACGCCAGCGGGAAGGGGGAUGUGAAGUUAGAGCCCGAUGGCCUUCUAGCUAACUCCGCUAGAAACAGCGCGUGCGAGAAGUGCAGGGGCGACAAUCGGGGCAGUGGAUCGGUGCACCUCGAUAGCUUCGGCGCGAAACGGCAGGGGGGAGCUCUGUGGCCAACCUCUUGCGAGACGAGGGGGGCGAAGCUAGAGCCCAAGUUCCCACAUUUAGUACAGUGCUGGACCCGAUUCGUGCGAGAACAAAACGCAAGCAGCGGCAGCUGGGCUGCCAAGGCGUGCGAGGAGUGGGGUGUGGCUCGGGGGCGGCCCGAAACUGCCCCGCUCCCGCGGUAGCAAAUCCACGGGGCGUUGCUAACCGUUUGACCAGC